UUGGAUAAUUCUAUUUGCUUCCAUUUUGGAUCGGUUUGGUACUGUAAUUUCGUGUUGUGUUUUGAGUGACAAGCUGUUUAUUACGUUUAUUAGGACAGAGUUAUAAACCAAAUGUAACCAUAAUAUGAUGUUCUUCCUAUGCACAGUGAUAAUCAAUGUAAGGACAUUGGAGAGUUCAUCUGGAGUGUGUAGUGUACCAUAAGCUUUGCGACUGGUGUGAAGAAGAGUAGCAGCCGGCAGAGAUUUGCUUCCCGGCUGCUGCACCGGCAGCUGAAACUAACUCAGGAUGCAGGCCUGGAACCAGUGGGGCGCCUCGGUGGGGUACACGGGAGCGGGUUACCAGCCGCCCACCACGCUCGCCGCCGCCGCGCCAGCCGCAGCCGCCGCCGCCUACACCAUGGCGUACCCGUACUACGGAGCCACCCCCGCCAUGCCAGCCACGCCGGACAUGUCCGGCUACUCGCAGCAGCAGUGGAAUGUCGUGCAGCAGCAGCACUGGCAGCAAUGGCAGCAGUGGCAGCAGCAGUUCCAGCAGUGGCAGCAGCAGUACGGAGACAAAUACCAAGAAAGUUUGAAUGCAAUGGCAGCAACUGGGGCAGCGGUGAUACCACCGACGACCCUGAACAAUCCACCGCCGCUCCCACCUUCGGACAAACCUCCCGCCCCUCCAGCGCCCCCUCCGCCGCCAGAGGAGACCAGUGACUCACAGGCAAAGACUGGUGCUGCAGCAAUCAAGUCUGCUGAUGUGCCAGCUACAAAAGUGGGCAUUACCACUUCAGCUUCUGACUCCCUAAGUACAUCUGCUGCCUUGACUGCACCUACACCAGCGGUUGCUGCUGCCAUUUCUGCUGCUACAGCAGCAAUGCCUGCCAGCACAGUUACGCCAGCUGCUGUUACUGCUUCAAUCAUGCAACAGGACCCGUAUGCUCGUGCUACGUACGGUAUGCCACCACCCUCAUUGGGAAAGCCCCAAGACUAUGGCAAGCCUCUAGAUCCUUAUGGAAAACCACUAGACAUGUAUGGCAAACCUCCAGAUCCUUAUGGAAAACUACAAGACCCAUACGGCAAACCUCCAGAUCUGUAUGGUAAACUUUCAGAUCCAUAUGGCAAGCCCCAUGAUCCCUAUGGAAAGCCUCACGAUCUAUAUGGAAAACCUCCUGAUCCGUACGGCAAGCCUCCUGAUCCGUACGGCAAGCCUCCUGAUCCGUACGGAAAGCCUCCUGAUCCGUACGGCAAGCCUCCUGAUCCCUACGGCAAGCCUCCUGAUCCGUACGGCAAGCCUCCUGAUAUGUAUGGCAAACCACCAGACCCUUACGGCAAGCCUCCAGACACUUAUGGCAAGCCACUAGACCCAUAUGGGAAGCCACCUGAUCAAUAUGGAAAGCUGCCAGAUCCAUACGGAAAACCACUCGACCCUUAUGGAAAGCCGGCCGAUCUCUUCAAUAAACCUUUUGACCCAUACAGCAAGCCACCAGAUCCAUAUGGCAAGCCUCAAGAUCCAUACGGCAAGCCUCAAGAUCCAUACGGCAAGCCUCAAGAUCCAUACGGCAAGCCUCCAGAUACAUACGGCAAGCCUCCAGAUACAUACGGCAAGCCUCCAGAUCAUUUCGGCAAACCUCCAGAUCCUUACGGCAAACCUUCAGAUCCUUACGGCAAACCUUCAGAUCCUUACGGCAAACCUCCUGAUCCUUAUGGCAAAGCUCCAGAUCCUUACGGAAAACCUCAUGAUCCAUACGGCAAGCCCCCAGAUUCUUACGGCAAGCCUAGAGAUCCGUACGGAAAGCCCCCAGAUCCAUAUGGCAAGCCUCAAGAUCCGUAUGGCAAGCCCCCGGAUCCUUAUGGCAAGCCUCAAGAUCCUUAUGGCAAGCCUCAAGAUCCAUAUGGCAAGCCUCAAGAUCCAUAUGGCAAGCCUCAAGAUCCUUAUGGCAAGCCCCCAGAUCCUUAUGGCAAGCCUCAAGAUCCAUAUGGCAAGCCCCCAGAUCCUUAUGGCAAGCCUCAAGAUCCAUAUGGCAAACCACCAGAUCUUUAUGGAAAGCCACCUGAUCAAUAUGGAAGGCCUUCAGACCAAUAUGGAAAGCCACAUGAUUUGUUUGGAAAACCACCAGAUCCAUAUGGUAAACCUCCAGAUAAUUUUGGAAAGCAACCAGAUCCAUAUGGGAAACCAAGUGACACUUUUGGGAAGCAGUUUGACCCAUUCAGCAAACCUCCAGACAAUUACAACAAACCACCGCCACCACCGCCAACAAACUUUGAUGCUCCCGGAGGCUUAAAGUCUCAGGAACCCUUCCAGGGCAUGAAGAGGCAGUUUGAAGGGAACGCCCAGUUCUCGCCCCAAGACGGCAAGAAGCCGCGGGGCGCGUGGGAGUCGGGACGGCAGCCGGCCGGCCGGUGGCCCGCCCCUGUGGACGAGCAGCCCAAGCCUCUCGCCCCCGCCAGCCAGCCCCCGGCCGGCGAGGACGCUGCCGCCGCCGCGGCCCAGAGGACCAUAGCGCAGCGGGAUAAUCCUGAAGAACUCUCUGAAGCAGAAAAGGCUUUUGACAUUCAAUUUAAACAGUGGGAGGAGCAGUUCAACAAGUGGAAAGAGCAGAAUAUCAAUCAUCCGGACAAGAACCAGUACCGGGAGUACGAGGCCAAGUGGGAGAGCUGGCGCGAGCAGCUGCUUCAGCGUCGCGAGCAGAUGAGGAAGAAGAGAGAAGCGACCAAUAAGGCAGCAGCAGCCGCUGCCUCCGCGGGCACCCCCGAUGACCAGGUAACGCAAGCAUCAGAGAAUGUUUCUAUGGACCAGAAUGCAGGAAAACCAUCUGAAGGGUCUCCCAGCAAGAGCACUGAACAAUUUCCAGAAAAUUCUGGCACACCAACCAAAGAUGAAUUCAAAGAUGUGCCAAAUUUUGGUGGUGUAGGUGACUUUGGCUCCCAAAAUAAACCUUCGAGUGGGGAUGUGGAGCAAGCUGCUGACUCAACAAACCAAGCAGCGCAGGAAGGGCAAGGACAAAAGCAAGAUGCGGCAGGCAGUGCAGAGGGCAAUAAGGAAGACAGAACAGAACCGCAUGCUGACAAGGAAAAUUCCCAGCCAGACACGCUAAACGAUGAACAGUCGCAGCAAGAGAAUAAAGACGAGGGUUCCAACUUCCUUAGAAGUUCUUCCAGUGAUGGUAUUCCAGGGCUGGAUUUGCUUUCUGAGGAGAAGAAAGAGAGAGACUUGUCAGUGGGACAUGAUGUAGACGAUAGAAGUGGGAAUGGACUUAACUCGCAAAAGGACAAGGAUGCCACUGCACCAGAGGGUAGCAAUGCCUCUAAGGACACUGCUUCUCCUGCACCUUCAAAGAAGGAGGGUGACUUAUCAGUGCAAAGCAACGAAAAACCUACUAAUUUAAGCUAUAACCAGCCUCCUCCAGGCAUGCAGAAAUUUGGUCCAGGUGGGUCUCAAGGAUCACAAUCAAAUCAACCAUUAUCAAACCUUCUGGGAGGACCACAACCGAACCAAUCAAUAACGAGUCUGCUGGCUGGGAUGCAAGGAGGACCGCAGUCAGGCCUUUUAGGUGCAAGUCCGGGAUCACAUUCAAACCAACCACUUCCUGGCCUAUUAGGCACAAGUCCAGGUUCACAUUCAAACCAACCACUUCCAGGCCUGCUAGGCACAAGCCCAGGAUCACAAUCAAACCAACCGCUUCCAGGCCUGCUAGGCACAAGCCCAGGAUCACAAUCAAACCAACCGCUUCCAGGCCUGCUAGGUACAAGUCCAGGAUCACAGCCAAACCAACCACUCCCAAGCCUUUUGGGUUUUUGCCCUGGACCCAAUCAAAAUUUUGGCCCUGGGAUGAACAGAGGAGGGCAGCCUGGCUUUGGCCCAGGAGGAAAUCAAGGCUUUGGUGCCGGUGGAAACCAAGGUCCACCUAAUCAGAGGUUUAUGGGUGGUAAUCAAGGACCACAAAAUCAGAGAUUCAUGGGAGGUGGUGGUCAAGGUCCAAUGAAUCAAGGCUUUGGGCCACGUAAUCAGGGACCUGCCAACCAAGGAUUUGGUCCUGAAGGCAACCAGGGGCCACAAAACCAAGGCUUUGGUCCUGGUGGUAAUCAAGGGCCAAACCCAGGAAUUGGCCCUGGUGCUAAUCAAGGUCCAGGAAAUCAAGGAUUUGGUCGGAGUGGUAAUCAAGGGCCAUCAAACCAAGGAUUUGGUCCUGGUGGUAAGCAUGGACCUCAGAAUCAAUCCUUUGCUCCUGGUGGCAACCAGGGACCUUUGCAGCAAGGAUUUGGCCCUGAUGGAAAUCAGAGUUUCGGUCCAGGUGGCAAUCAAGGAACCCCGAACAGGUUUGGUGGAAGUGGGAACCAGGGACCACCCAACCAGGGAUUUGGCCAAGAAAGAAAUUUUGGAUCAUUUUCACAAGAUGGUCCUGGUCCUGGUUCUGGUUCCGGUCCCGGUCCCGGUCCUGGACCUGGUCCUGGUCCUGGUCCGGGUCCGGGUCCGGGUCCUGGAAGAAACCAAGGGUUUGGUUUUGGUGGGAAUCGAGGACCAUCUAAUCAAAGGUUUGGUCCGGGUUUGAAUCAGAAUUUUCCGCCAGGAAAUCAAGGGCCAGGGCAGUCAUUUGGACCUGGUGGAAACCAGCGAUUUGGCCCUGGUGGAAAUCAAGGUCCUUCGAACCAAUUUGGUCUUGGAGGCAAUCAAAACCAAGGUGGGUUCAGAAAUCAAAGUUUUGGUGGGCCUCAAGAUACAGAUAACAGAUUUGGAUCUGGAAGAGGCAGAGGAUUUGGUGGUGGUAAUGAAAACCCACAAGACUUAGGUGGACCUGAUAAUCAGCCGUGGGUAGGAAGCAAUCAACCAACAGGUAACUUUGGAGCCAAGGAUGGGUCUGGUCGUCAGCCGUGGCAAGAUUUAGGUGCAGGCAGAGGUCGUGGCCAGAACCAGUGGAGAAAUGAUGGGUCAAACUUUGGUGGUAACCAACAGUUGGGUCCAAGAGAUAGGUUCAUGGGCCCUGGAAGUGAAUUCCAAGGUCCCAGGGAUAGAAUGUCUGGUCCGGUUGGUGGUUUUCCAGGGGGACAUCAAGAUAGCCCAUUAGGUCAGGAUGACAUGCAAAAACCUAAAGAUUUUUCCGGAGGACAAAGUGAUCAAUUUGAAGGUCAGAAAACAGGUUUUGAUAUGUCCAAAACUGGUGGCGAUGGAGAAGGAAACAUGCUGCCGAAGGAAAGUCCGGGUAGGGUAGGUUUCGAUACAAUGUUACCGAGGGGCAACUUUCCGGGCCCGAAAGGUAAUCAAGGGCCAUUCGAUGGCCUUCGAGAGAACAUUCCACCUUUUGGGGGUGGCGGUGGCGGUGCAUUCCCACAAGGUAGGGAAGAAUUUGGUGAGGCAGACUUCAGGAGGGGGGGCCCGCAAGAUUUCCCUCCUCCCCGGGAUUUCUCGGACGGAGGCAGUUUUGGCCGAGGCCGAGGCCGAGGUCGUGGAAGAGGAGGCGGUGGAGGCAGAGGUCUGCUUCCUAGAGGCCCCGACGAUGCUGGAAGGAGUAGGUUUCUUCCAGCGCCCCCUGACGAUCAGGGGCAGCCGGACAAGGGCCCGCUCGCGGCCGACCCCGACAGCCUGAGGGGCCCAGAGGGCCCACAGUCCGGUGAAUGGGACCCGGGGCAGGACCAGGACCUACCCCCAGCUCGAGACCCCUGGGCCGGCGGCUACAGUCGGGGCCGAAAUUUUGGUGAGGAUCUCCCGGGAAGAGGGUGGGACCGUGCGCGGUUCCCGCCGGACUACGAGGACGACAGGUACGCGCCCGGCUGGGGGCGGGGCCCGGCGCGGGGUCCCGCGCUGGAGCCGGCCACCGUCGUCGACUACGGCCACAAGCCCAUCGCGCCCGCCGUCAAAGGCACGCUGGCCCCCGAGGUCUUUGCUGCUCCUGUCGAGACUUUCGACUACUGCCACGGCACUCCGAUCCGCAAGCCAGCUGCUGACCCAUUGAGAGGCGAGCCAUGGAGGAAAGAUGAGCUGCCGGACCGGCCCCGCGACCGCGACCGCGACAAAGAUCGAGAUCACGGCCGGGCCGGUUGGGAAGACAGAGAGCCGGGGAGCAAGAGAGACAGCCGCUGGGAGAGGGACAGGGAGAGGGACAGGGACAAGGACAGAGAUGACGACAGAUGGAGAAGUCGGCAUCGACACACCAGCGGUCCUGAUAGAGGAAGCUCCCGGCGUGAUGAUAGGGCCCCGGAGGGGGAGGACCAGCCCCCGCCCCCGGACACCCCGCCCCCGCCCAGCUUCGCGGCCCCCGCCCCCGCCGUGCUCAUGGAGGACCUGCUGUGCCCACCCGCGCGCGCGUCUCGGCCCGCCCGCCUGGUGGUCGUCCUGCGCGGGCCGCCGGGCUCCGGCAAGACCUUCGUCGCCAAGCUCAUCAAGGACAAGGAAGUGGAGAUGGGCGGUUCUGCUCCUCGGAUACUCUGCCUCGACGACUACUUCAUGGUGGAAGUGGAGAAGGAGGGCAAAGACCCAGAAACUGGUCGGAAGAUCACCACCAAGGUAAUGGAGUACGAAUAUGAAGCGGGCAUGGAGAAGCACUAUCACAGCUCGCUGCUGAAAGCCUUCAAGAAGACUGUGAAUGACGGGUACUUCCCUUUCAUCAUUGUCGAUUGCGUGAACGACCACGUCAAGCAGUUUGAGGAGAUGUGGAGCUAUGCCAAGCAAAAAGGCUUUCAGGUGUACAUCUGCGAGAUGGACAUGGAUGUGUCGACCUGCACGAAGCGCAACAUCCACGGCCGCUCGGAGGAGGACAUCGCGAAGAUCGUGAAAGAGUGGGAGGACACGCCCAAGCACUACCUCAGAGCAGACGUCCGCUCGCUUCUGCAAUCUGUGGCCAUUACCGAGGUGGAGAUGGAGGACUCUGUGCCGGACGAGGACCAGCCGGAGGCAGCGGAGCCGGAGGCAGACGAGCAGAAGGACAAGGACAAGGACAAGGCUGAGGCCGGGCAGGACCCGGACAUCGACGAGGUGACGUUUCGACCUCGUGCCAUUCCAGUUUCAAGUGGAAGACUCGUUGCCUCGUGUGGUAACAAGGACCGCCGGGUUCUUGUGGCGAAUGGAGUUGUUCUGUUCUUCUGGACUGUCGCUGAAGCGGCGAGGUGGGAGUGGGACAUGGCUGAACUGUGCGUGUGGGGAGACCUAAGAUGCAGAUAAAGUUCUGCCAUUCCCGAUUACACCCGAACAAUUCACCUUCGGCCAACUUCGGGAUUUGUUUUAUUUUUGCGCAGGAAAAAUGAAUUCAAAUAUUGAAAGUGGUCGGUUAGGUUAACUACAUUAAAACACUUUAGAACACUAUGGACGGUUAGUUAGGUUAGUAUAGCUACAUUAAAGUAAAUAUAUUUAAAUAAACCCGAGGUUGGCCGAAGGUGAAUAUUCGGGCGUGUUCGGGCAGGGACAGAACUUGAUGGACAUCUUAGGCCACCCGUCGCUGAAGCGGCGAGGUGGGAGUGGUGCCGAGGUGGGAGUGGGACCUGACUGAACUCUGCGUGUGAGGUCGUACCGCGUGUGCGUCGCUGGACGCCAGUGCGUGAGGUCCCAACUGCCGUGCUGGUCGCAUCGCGCCAGUCAAGAGCAUGUCUGUGUCAGCGCGACCCUCGCCAGAGUCAUGCACAGGGCAACCGUGACGUUGUGUGGCGGAGAAAUCAAGAUAGAGGUGUAAUGCAAGUCCCUUGAAGUUCUUCCAUGGAUCUCCACAGAGAGUUCCGUGUAUUAAAAAGAUUAUGAAACACUCGUUUCAGCCAUUUUUUACUUUCCUAAAACAAUACAGCUUGAAGACGACAUCUGGAAACAACCACUCAUGCGCCCUCGGCGUAUUAGAGUAAGGAAAUUUUUAAAUUUUUGUGUUUAUAAAUAUUAGCAUUCAGAUUGCAUAUAUCUUGCUUAGAUUUUUUAUUUGUCCGAUAGUUUAAUCUACUUUCAUUUUUCCUUCCUCGGUUUGUUCGUUUUUUUUUUUGUUUUUUUUUCAGUUGUGCUAGUUUAUUUGCAACUAUCAAUUCAACUUUAUCCUUAUCCCAGAGGAAACUCUUUUAGAUGCUUUUAUAGAUUGACUGGCCACAUUAACAUAAUCUUUCUUGGCUCAAAGGCAUAGCGCACAUUCAUAGUACUUGUGCAAUAGUUAAGAUAUAUUCACAAUAAAGGAUGGAUAAUUUCAAACUUGAAUUUGGAUGCUAAUAUCGUUAGGAAUUGUAGAUUGUAUUUUCUAAAGGUUUCAUUUAAAUUUCUGUGUACACAAAUGUCUAAUGUGCUGAUAAAAAUUGUACCAGUCAUGUUUAGUGCAACUCCAUGUGACACUAGUUGUUGAUUUUGUGAAACCGGAAAUUACAUAUCUUUCGUUAGCAUAACUUC